CCAUACUCUGCAGGGCGACCGGUCCGCUGUGAGCUUGUGAAUGCAAGCUUUGCAGAAAAGCGCUCAUACCAAGAAUUAUCCUAUGCCUGGGGAAAGUCUGCGGAUGGCUUCAAGCAGAUCUACAUUGACGAGCAUCCAUUUCAAGUCGGCAUCAAUCUAUUCGAGGCUUUGGAAACCCUUCGCUAG